AUGCAUUUGAAGCCGGGUCUCCUCGGUGGUAUUUCUGACUAUGGCCUCGAAACACUAUCUACUGCACAGUCAAAAUGCAUUCCUGCAAUCUGCACCGGUCAUGAUGUUAUCAUUCAGUCUAGGGCUAGUACUGGUAAAACAAUUGCUAUUAUAAUUGGCAUUCUACAGAUUAUUAAGCAGAGACUUGAGGGCACGGUCGGAUGGUGCACAGGGACCUUGGUCAGUAUCUCGGGUCAGGGCGCUUGA